AUGUCAUCGUGUAACUAAUAUUGUAUGGUGCGUUUGCUGAGUAAACUAAGCAGCGAGCUAAGGUUACAACCCCGAAGCAUACACGUGUUUCCGAUUGAACCUGUUUCAGGAAACUUUAAACCCUGAGAGUGAUGUGCUUCUUAAUGGGAGACUUCGUAGAUGCUGGGGCGGUUUAGCGAAUACAGUAUGAGUGGUCAAAGUCCUGCUCCUCCAGCCUUGAAUGGCAUUACUCCACUUCAACAGAUGGUGGCGUCCUGCUCCGGAGCCAUCCUCACAUCUGUGCUGGUUACACCUUUGGAUGUCGUGAAGAUCAGACUGCAAUCACAGAAAAAUCCCUUUCCCAAAGGGAAAUGCUUUGUCUACUGCAAUGGACUUAUGGACCACAUAUGUGUCUGUGAAAACGGCAACUCCAAGGCCUGGUACAAAGCCCCCAGUCACUUCAAUGGCACACUGGAUGCCUUCGUCAAGAUAGUACGCCAUGAUGGAAUAAAGGCGUUAUGGAGUGGUCUACCUCCGACCCUUGUGAUGGCAGUCCCUGCUACAGUAAUCUACUUUACGUGCUACGACCAGCUGUGUGCGGUGCUGAGGGUCAGGAUGGGAGACUGCGCUCAGGAGGCUCCUCUUCUGGCAGGAGCUAUCGCUAGAGUGGGUUCAGCGACAGUGAUCAGCCCUCUGGAGCUGAUCCGCACGAAGCUGCAGUCUCAGAAACAGUCGUACAGGGAGCUGACUGACUGCAUCCGCUCUGCAGUGCGGACAGAGGGCUGGCUGUCUCUGUGGCGAGGUUUGGGGCCCACACUCUACCGAGACGUGCCCUUUUCAGCCAUGUACUGGUACAACUAUGAGAAGGGCAAGAGCUGGCUGUGUGAACUAUAUAACACCAGAGAACCCACGUUUACAGUUACCUUCUUAUCCGGAGCGGUGUCUGGCUCUAUCGCGUCCAUUGUAACGUUACCUUUUGAUGUCGUUAAAACGAGAAGGCAGCUGGAGCUGGGAGAGCUACAAGCAAAGAACUUGUCCUGUCGGGUCUCCUCCUCCACCUUCAGCGUGAUGAGCAGGAUUGUGACGCAGGACGGCUUUGGUGGACUGUUUGCAGGUUUCCUCCCAAGGUUGAUUAAAGUGGCCCCGGCUUGCGCCAUUAUGAUCAGCACUUAUGAAUUUGGCAAAGCCUUUUUCCGCAAACGCAACCAGGAGAGGACACUCGGCCCACUGCAGACCAGUAACACCUGAUAGUUUUCUAGUCAUUUCUCUCCAAACCAGACACAAAUACCGCUCGACUACCUGGAGGGAAAAGGGUAAUGUUGCCCAAUUAAAAAUCACACAAGCAGAUAUUGAAGUGAAAAAAAAAAUGAACUACAUGAUCCAUUUCUGCACUACAAGAUUUAUAUGAAAUUAUUUUUAUUAGUAUUUAUAAUAUUCUAUGAUUUGUGUCAUUGCGGCUACAAAUUCUGUGCACACAACUGAAAAUAAAUAAUGUUUUGUCUCAUCAGUGUUCAAAUCACAUGCUUUCUGAUGCAUUUAACAGCCAGCAGAUGGCAGCUACAGUUUUGUUAAUAAGUGAUUCUUCAAAUGUGCUCGUCUCACUGGGAUCGUGUGCACUGCCUCAAGUCCUUACAUAAGAGAUGUAAAAUUAAUUUCAUCAAGUCAGCGUAUCCUCCCCGACACAGAGAGAGGAUCUCCAUGUUUUUAAACUUCCAUAACAAUCCCCUGUGAAUGUGUGUGACAGAGAGACGAACACUAAACCUGUGCCAGUGUAAAGCCAUGAGUGUUUUUCAGUUUGACAAGAGACUGUGGAAGAGGACUGUGACACGUCGGCUUUUUGAAAAUGUGAUGUAUUAAAUAUACAUACCAGAUCUUCUUUGGAGAUUGUUUUCAGUCAUUGACUUUAUACAGGCAUUCUCACCCCUGUUGUUUAUUGUGGACAAGAAACUCAGAUGUCACUAUCAAAUUCAAACUGUUUGGGUAAGCGUAGUUUAUUCAAAAUGUGGGAUAAAAAGCAAACAAAUCCAAUAAAACAUCUGCAUAUCUGUGGAAAUGACUGCUGGAAUGAACUCAAACGAAAGUCAUGAUUCAGUGUUGAGGUACACGGCUAGUAACCAAUAAUAAAACGUUUUACUGAUAUUAGGCAAAGCCACUUGUUUCUCAUUCUCAAAAUAUCUGUUGCAAGAUAUUCUUUACUGGGUCGUAACAGAUCAUUAUUCAGAGUUUUAGGAAGGAUCUGUUUGUGGUAACUAGCCAUUAAAAUACUGCAUUUGAGUAAUUAACGGGAAUAAUAACAGGAGUCUGUCUGAUAAAGUGGAACAUUGAAGUAAAUCUAGAGGUAAAUAGUGAAUAUUAAUCGUGGGGAUUAACACCUGAGAACAAAACAUGUUGCACUGUAUUAUGCACGACAUAAGAAACUGAGAAAACAUUUACACCGUAA